AUUAGUAUUCUGUGAUUAUUCUUCUAUGUAGUCUGUGGAAAACUGGGAAAUAAAAAUAAAAUUUCAAUUUGUUGAUUAUGCAUGUAAUUACAAAAAAAACCACACAUCUCUUUUAAUAACAGUGAUCAGAUGUUGUUUCGAUCGUCAUUUCUGCUAACAACAUUUUUACUGAGUAUCCCCAAAAGGUCGAAUUUUGCAAUGGGAGAAAUCUCGAAUUCAACAGGCCUAAGUGGUAUUCAUUCAGUUGCUUACGUAACAACUCCAAGUGAGGACGUAGCAAAAAAGUUAGCCCAUGGUCUUGUAACGGAAAAGCUGGCUGCAUGUGUCAAUAUCGUACCAAAAGUUACAUCAGUUUAUUUUUGGGAGGGUAAAGUCAAUGAAGACAACGAAGCUAUGAUGAUUAUUAAAACUAGAACAAGUAAAGUUGAUGAAUUAACAGACUAUGUUAGGAAAAACCAUCCGUAUAGUGUUUGUGAAGUUAUUUCGAUGAAAAUAGACAAUGGAAAUGAGCCUUAUUUGAAAUGGAUCAGUGAGAAUGUACCAUAAGUACAUUAGAAGGAUAGUAUAAUCUACUUCAUGUUGCUAUCCAGUGUAUAAUGAGAUUUGUAAAUUAUAUUAUUCAAUAUAUACUUUACGUUUUGAUGAGAAAUGUAGCUUUAGUAAUUAUUAGAUAGUUUGGGAAAUAUAUACUUUUUUCAGUA